AUGAGAUUGAUCAUCCGUGAAGAUUAUGAGGAAGUCUCUUCCUACAUUGCCAACUACACCAAGGAGCGUAUUCGUCAAUACAAGCCUACUGCCGAACGUCCUUUUGUCCUUGGUCUUCCUACUGGUUCUUCUCCCAUUGGUACUUACAAGAAGCUUGUUGAGCUUUACAAGGCUGGUGAAAUCAGCUUCAAGCAUGUGGUGACCUUCAACAUGGAUGAAUACGUUGGUCUUCCUCGUGAUCAUCCUGAAUCAUACCAUUCUUUCAUGUGGACCCACCUCUUCAGCCAUGUCGAUAUCAAGCCCGAGAAUGUUCACAUUUUGGAUGGCAAUGCUGAGGAUUUGGACGAAGAAUGCAAGCGUUAUGAAGCCGAGAUUGCUCGUGUGGGCGGUAUCGAGCUCUUUUUGGGUGGUAUUGGUCCUGAUGGUCACAUUGCCUUUAACGAACCUGGUUCAUCUCUUACUUCUCGCACACGUGUCAAGACUUUGGCCUAUGAAACCAUCCUUGCCAAUGCUCGUUUCUUUGAUGGUGAUAUCAGCAAGGUGCCCAAGUUGGCUCUCACUGUCGGUGUUGCAACGGUCAUGGAUGCUCGUGAGGUGUGCAUCAUCAUCACUGGUGCUCAUAAGUCAAUUGCUCUCUCCAAGUGUAUUGAAGAAGGCGUCAACCACAUGUGGACCGUCUCUGCUGUGCAGAUGCAUCCAAAGGGUCUCAUCGUGUGCGACGAGGACGCGACCCUUGAAUUACAUGUCAAGACCGUCAAAUACUUCAAGUCUAUUGAACACGUACACCACUCCCUCAUUGGUGCCGAGAACCUUGGUCUUCAGGGUGGCGUGAAGCAAUUGCGUAGCCCAACUUCCGCUGAGCACCCUAAGACUCCCUUUGAGUAA